GCCUUGCUGAUUUUUUGCUGGGAUAGCGCCGCUUUUGGAAGAGUUCGUUUGGAGCAUCGUCAUCGGCGAGGCGGAGAAAAAAAUGGUGAAGUUUCUGAAGCCGAACAAGGCGGUCAUCAUCUUGCAGGGGCGCUUCGCUGGGCGGAAGGCGGUGAUCGUGCGGGCGUUCGACGAUGGCACGCGGGAGCGUCCCUACGGCCAUUGCCUGGUGGCCGGCAUCGCCAAGUACCCGAAGAAGGUCAUUCGUAAGGAUUCGGUGAAGAAGACGGCCAAGAAGUCGCGCGUGAAGCCGUUCCUGAAGCUGGUGAACUAUAACCAUAUCAUGCCCACCCGUUACACCCUCGACGUCGAUCUCAAGGACGUCGUCACCCUCGACGCGCUCCAAUCCCGCGAUAAGAAGGUCACUGCUUCAAAGGACACCAAAGCUCGCUUCGAGGAGCGCUUCAAGACCGGCAAGAACAGGUGGUUCUUCACCAAACUCAGAUUUUAAUAAAAAAAAACCUUACAUCUCUAUGUAUCAAUUUCGGAUUCUGCCGAGUUUUGCCCAUUGGGAUUAGUAUUUCUUAGGGCUGGAUGGAUCAAUUUGCUUCAAGUGAGGAUUCAAUUUGCGUCA